CAUACCCCACGCCGCCGCUGCCGUCUCCUGCUGCGUUUGUUCCGCGUGUGCGCGCGUAGUUCCGACAUGGAGCCAGGCGGCAGGCUGUCCGCGGCGUCCGGCGCCGGCUUCCAAGGACAAGCGGGGGAUGAGCCGGAGGCGCCGCUGUGCCGCGACGGACGGAUACACGCGCCCGCCUAGCGCACGCGAGGGCCUCUACACCUCCUCCACCCGCCACUUUCUGUUUCUCUUUUUUUUUUAAUGCUGCUCUCCCUUCUGGAUUUACCAGGAGCCAUUUUGCAAGAUCGGGCUCACUUUGUUUCUCUCUGACGACCGACCGACCGACCAACUGACCAACCGACCGACCGACCGACCAACCGACCGGCCGGCCGAGGGAGUGGGAAAACAACAAUAAAAAUAUUCAUUAAAAAAAAAACACGGGGGGCGGUUUCCCUGGAGAUAUGAGUGAAACAUUAAGAGCAGUUGUUGUUUUGUUUUUUUGCCGACUGGGGGAAAAAUUUUUUUUAAAAAAGAAAUAAAUAAAUGAUAUAAAAUUUUUUUUAAAUAAAGAGGGACCUCACAAAAAAACUCGAGAGGUAAGGUGAUCGGUGUUCCCAUCCCGCUUUUCCAUCGAUUUGGUCCUACAUUCUCUCCCCUACUCCCCCCCCCCCCCCGUCCUCCUCCCCCCCCCUCGUUUUCUCUCGCUCUCUCGCACUCUCUCCGUCUCCGAACGGCACGCGUUCCCCCUGCUCUGCCCAUGGAAGAGAGAACCAGAGUACUGCUCAAACCAGGGUAGGGGGCCAGGCUCUCCGUGCGUCCCCCACCCCGCCCCCCUCCCCCUCCCCACCCCCCCCGCCCGCGUGCCGAAAAUCCCCCAGACGAUGUUGAAUUAUGAACGUGCCACACCAUGAGUCUCCUGUGGCAGGUAACUGUGCAUCGAACCUGGAAUGCCGCCCUGCUUUUCGUAGUCUACCUCAUGGUGCGAGCGUGGAGCGCGUGCGCCGCCUCCGCGGGGCCCCAGGGCUGCCCGGUGGUCUGCUCCUGCAGUAACCAGUUCAGCAAGGUGGUGUGCACCCGCCGCGGGCUCACCCGCGUCCCCCCGGGGAUCCCCUCCAACACCCGGUACCUCAACCUGAUGGAGAACGGCAUCGAGCUCAUCCAGGCCGACACCUUCCGCCACCUGCACCACCUGGAGCGGCUGCAGCUGGGCAGGAACUCCAUCCGGCAGAUCGAGGUGGGGGCCUUCAACGGCCUGACCAGCCUCAACACCCUGGAGCUCUUCGACAACCGGCUGACGGUGGUGCCCAGCGGGGCCUUCGAGUACCUGUCCAAGCUGCGGGAGCUGUGGCUCAGGAACAACCCCAUCGAGAGCAUCCCCUCCUACGCCUUCAACCGCGUGCCCUCCCUGAUGCGCCUGGACCUGGGCGAGCUGCGGAAGCUGGAGUACAUAUCCGACGGGGCCUUUGAGGGAUUGUACAACUUGAAGUACCUUAACCUUGGAAUGUGCAACAUUAGGGAAAUGCCCAUCCUCUCCCCGUUGGUCGGGCUGGAGGAGCUGGAGAUUUCCGAGAACCACUUCCCGGAGAUAAAGCCGGGGUGUUUCAGGGGCCUCAGGUCCCUGAAGAAGCUGUGGAUUAUGAACUCGCAGAUCGCCCUGAUCGAGAGGAACGCCUUCGACGACGCCACGGCGCUGGUGGAGCUCAACCUGGCCCACAACAACCUGAGCUCGCUGCCGCACGACCUGUUCGCGCCGCUGCGGUACCUGGUGGAGCUGCACCUGCACCACAACCCGUGGACCUGCGACUGCGAGGUGGUGUGGCUCUCCUGGUGGCUCCGCGAGUACAUCCCCACCAACUCCACCUGCUGCGGCCGCUGCCACGCCCCGCCGCACAUGCGCGGCCGCUACCUGGUGGAGGUGGACCAGAGCGCCUUCCAGUGCUCCGCCCCCUUCAUCGCCGACGCGCCGCGGGACCUCAACAUCUCGGCGGAGCGCGUGGCCGAGCUGCGGUGCCGCACGGCGCCCAUGUCCUCCGUCCGCUGGCUCCUGCCCAACGGGACGGUCCUGACGCACGGCUCCAGCCACCCGCGGAUAUCCGUGCUCAACGACGGCACGCUCAACUUCUCCAACGUGCUGCCCGGCGACACCGGCGUCUACACCUGCAUGGUGACCAACGUGGCGGGCAACUCCAACGCCUCGGCCUACCUGAACGUCAGCAACGCCGAGCUCAACACCUCCAACCUGAGCUACUUCACCACCGUCACCGUGGAGGUGGAGCAGCAGCCCACCUCCGAGGAGGCGCCCAAGCCCAAGACGGCCACCGCCUCGCCCUCCGUCUUUCAGCCCGUCUUCAUCUCCACGCCGACCGUGCUCCUCCAGAACACCAAGACGCCGGCCCAGGCGUCCGUCCCCACCGCCAAGGGCACCGAGAAGCCCCCCACCAGCCUGGACGAGGUGAUGAAGACCACCAAGAUCAUCAUCGGCUGCUUCGUGGCCGUCACCCUGCUGGCCGCCGUCAUGCUGAUCGCCUUCUACAAGCUGCGCAAGCGGCACCAGCAGAGGAGCACGGUGGCCGCCGCCAGGACUAUAGAGAUCAUAAACGUGGACGAGGACGUGCCGCCGCCGGCCUCGGCCGUCAGCAUCCCCGGCGAGGGCGCGGUGGUGCUGCCCGCCAUGCAGCAGCAGCAGCAGCACCACCACCACCACCACCACCACAACAGCAGCGGCGGCGGCGGCGGCGGCGGCUACAAGCCCGGCUACGGCGCCUACGGCAAGCCGCCGCCGCACGGGGCCCACUGGACGGAGAACAACGUGAGCAACUCGCUCCACCGCUCCAGGCCCAGCACCAUCACCGCCAUCCCCGAGCCCUACGUCAUAAAGACUCACGCCAAGGAGAAGGUGCAGGAGACCCAGAUUUAGCGUCGCCCCCACCCCCCCAUACAGCACCCUCUCCUCCUGGCUUUCUCCUCUCUCCACAUCUAAUGGAAACAUGCAAUAGAAUGCACAACGACGACCAUGACGACGACAACAAACAACAAAAAGACAGCGGCUUCUUUUGUACAAAAGAGUGCAAAAUUGAGACUGUUUUUCUUGUACAUGCUUAUACAUAAAUAUAUAUAUGAACAAUAAAUACAAAAAUCUACUAUGGGCUGGUAAGAAAAGCAGAUUAUAUGAGAAAAAAAAAUAAAUUGAAACUAUUUUCUAACUUGUAACUUCUAUUUAAAAAAAUUAAGAGUUGUUAAGAGGUUGUCAUGACUUUGAGAAAUGAGGGUAAACCUGUUUAAAAAAAAGGGCAUUCUGUAAUUUUUAGACGAUGCUAUAUAGGAUGCAGUAAUUACCCCAUUUAUACGGAAAAGACUUUCUAAAACAAAACAACAACAGCAAAAUAAAGAGAGAGCCCCUAAUCAAUCUUUACAGGUUUAUCUUGUAAAAGCACCAAGAAUUUGUACUGUGCCAAAUGUUAUAAAUGCAAUAAAGGAUUUUUGGAAGAAAAAAAAA